AUGCCUCUUCCCAAGAAAGAGGGUGCGUCUGGUGGGGGUGCGGCAAAGGUCGACGGCCGCAACCAGAACGGUAUGGCUAACGACGAGCGCCAAACAGGAAACCGACAAGGGUUUCGCACCGACACAGCCAUCUCCAACAGCCGCUUCGGAAACGAGCGGACACUGCAACCGUGGGUCCCUGACUCUGCCGAUGGCAUCGACGGUGGCCUCGAGGCGUCAUCCAGCAGUGGACACUGGGACCAAUUUGCGGAGAACGAGAGGCUGUUUGGCCUGAAGACGGAUUACGACGAGAACAUCUACACGACCGCCAUCAACAAGAACCAUCCGCAGUACAAGGAGAGAAUAGCGGCGGCCGAGCGCAAGGUCAGAGAGAUUGAGCGGAGUGCUCCUGUCACGGCCCAUGUGGCUGAGGAUUCGUAUCUUCCCGACCCCGCGGAAUCCCGCUCCCCUAACGCGUCCCGCAACAGAUACAGUGGCGUCCGGCGACAGGAAUUCCCCCCUCUGUCGGCUGGCGGUCGCGAGAACCGAUACACGCCUCCAGCAAAGAGAGCUCCGACUGCCCAAUCCACGGUCAAGGGUGCGCCUGUUGACCCAGCUAUCAUCUCGUCGCAGAUCAAGGCCCCACCCAAGAAGCAGUCACCAGCACCGGAGCAGCCCCGUGCCCCGACUCCUGCUGGCAAGAACGGAGUCUCGCCUGCCCCUGAGACCCAAAAGACUGGACAGCCAAAGGCUUCAGAUGACAAAUCGGCGGACGCAAAGCCGACAUCUGGCGCCCGUGAAUCCAAGACGCCAGAGGCAAAGACCACCGAGAAGGCGGGCGAGAAGGGCGGCGCGUCUGGUCCGUCGUCUGCGGCGGCAUCCACUCGCAACGUGCCUGCGCAAGCCAAGGAGGGCACACCGAGUGCUACAUCCACCGUGGAGCGUGACGUCCUCAACUCGUUCAAGUCGUUCGCCACUCAGCAGCGGCUCAACGCUGAAAAAGUUCGCAGCAGCAAGGCACGCGCGGACAAGGAGGUCAAGUUGACCGAGCUGAAGAAGUUCGCAAGUAGCUUCAAGCUCUCGACCCCGGUUCCGUCCGAUCUAGUCUCCAUCAUCGCCAAAGAUCCUGCGAAGCAGAAGGAGAUCCAGGCGAAGGCUAUGAAGAACGCCGAGGAGAUGAAGAAGACCAAGUCGGACGUGGGCAGCAAGGACAACAAGGGGCAGGCCGCGCCGAAGGACUCGCAGCCCAAGUCCGCUGAGCCCGCUACAGUCACUCCGUCUACUGACAGGCCUGCUCGAGCGCCUGGCGCUCCUCAGGCAGCCGGGGCGGCAGCCACCAAUAACAGACAUGCCGGCCCUCGCCAGCAAUACCCUCAGCAGCCAUACCACGCGCAGGCUUACAGGAACAACCGUGGCGGCCCGCCCCACGUUAUGCCUCAACAGCAGACUGGCAACCUUGCUCAGCGACUGCGUCACAUGGAACAGCAGAGAUACUCCCAGCCCGUCCCGCCGAACCCCCACCAAGCGGGCCCGGACGUUCGUGCGCCGCCCACCGGCCCUGCGAACAACGCGGAUGCUGGCUUCAACCGCAGGCUUAGCGGAGCACCGGGCCACAUGGGGGCCAAGCUCAACCCCAACAGCCACGAGUUCAGGCCCAGCCCUUUUGCGGCUUCCUUCAACCCCAACAGCCAUCCAAGUGCCGGCUCCAGCCCACGAACAAGUGUGAAUCAGGUCUCCGACAGCCCUGCCUCUGCCACGGCCCAGACGGGGCAGCUGAUCCGACGAAAGACCAAAGCCGUGGACGUCGGGAAAUGCUAUAUCCUGUCCCACAUCAAGACAUUGACUCCUCCUCAGGGACGCAACUGGGACGACAACGGCGGCCUUCGUCCGUCUUACGACACGCUGCCCACUUGGCGACAGCUCCAGGACGACGAGAAGUCCGACUCAACCAUGCACCUGACGUACAAGGAGUAUUUCGAGCGCCAGCCCUUCUCCAACGCAGCCAUGAGCACGCCUAACCCGCCACAUGUUGUUCCUCAGCUGGCUCACCAGCAUCAGCUUCCAUUCCAUCUGCAGCACGGCGCCCACAACAUGGGUCCUCGUCAGUCGCCGCACAUGCCUCCCAUGCAGAUUCACACUCCCCAGCAAGGACCGGUGCCUCACCCACCCUUCGGCGGCGACGACCACCGUAUGAUGCACUCCAACUCGGCUCAGUCUUUUGCUUCCCCACGCAUGGGACAGCUGCCCGUCGCAUACCCGGCCCAGGUCGGGUACGGACAGACCAUGUUCAUGCAGCCCAACACGCCCCAGAUGGGACAGUACCGGAACUUUUCUGCCAACCCGCACUACGUGCCUCAGCAGGGCCAGAUGGGCGGACCCAUGAUGAUGCAGCCUCAGUUCAUUCCUGGACCUCAGGGCAUGGUGGCUGCUCCGCAAAUGAUGUAUCACGGCGGGCAUCCGCAAUUCAUGCCACCGUCCGGCCCUCCCCAGCCCAUUCCCGGCGCCAACGGCUACCCAAGCCCUGGGCGACCGGCGGCUCCGGUCAUGAUGCACCAGGGCUCUCAGCAGGGCCAGCCAAUGUACGGAAUGAGCCCGAACGUACAGUACAACCAGCCAGCGUACGGGCCGGGCCAGCCGACCGGACCGAGCCAGUGA